UUCUGAGGGGAGAGAAAAAACGUUGAUUCAUUCUAUUCUGCAUUUGAACUGAAACACAAAAUGGUUGCUGCCCCACUGCUCCAGUUGGAGGCAGGCAGAUAACUACAUUUGAAAGUUCAGUAACACCAAAUCCAAAAUGACAUCUCCUUUUAGUUAUAACACUGCUUGCACCACAGGGGAAAACACUGAUGACUACUGCUUUCCAGUUAUGUGUUUGAAGGCAAUAAGAUACCACAGUGUUGGGCCUCAUACAAAUACCUACAAAGAAAAAUGUGUUUCAUUUUGAUGGGAUUCCAUGCAGUGUGUUCGGGGGUUCAUUUUCUGAUAUAAAUAUUGUCAUGAAACAGUCUGACAGAAAGAGUACACUCUGCUGAAAUUACUCAGAGGGUAAUUUUUUCCUCCAAAAAUAGAAAGGGGUGAAGAUGUUUCAGCACCAGCUUGAGGUUCUGCAGCUACUGUGAUAAACUCUGAGGCCUGGUUUACACUACAAAGUUAGGUAGAUGGAAGCUGCCUUAAGUCGACCUGUUAAUGUAUGCAUCUACACUACCAGGUCCUUUAUGCCGACCAAAGUCCCCUCUAAUGUCAACUUCAGUCUUCUUUCUCUCUCCAUGGGAGGAAUGUAGAUUAAGACUAUCAAUCGGGGUUAUUACUAGCGAGAAGCAGCCUGAGUAGGACAAAGUCACUGAAGGAUACCACAAAGUCCAAUCCAAUAUGUUUGAGGAUAUUUCAUCUCUUAAGACAGGAAGCUGCCCUAUAAGUAUGGUCUCAAAUAGUACAUUUUUCUUACAUAUAUUCUCCAAAACUUGAAUCUGGUAUUUACUCCAAGCAUAAAAGCUGCACAAUGAUAUGACUGUCUCACUAUUUCCUAAAGUUAAAAUUCAGGUGCUAUUGUCUGUCAACUCUGUUGAUUCACUCACCAAGCUGGUGCUUGUCAGUGCCCUUUACUUCAAAGGAAACUGGGCAAAGAAAUUUAAGGAUAGAUUUACAGAGGAACAACCUUUCAGAAUGAACAAGCUAGAGAGGGAAUUGAACUAUGACAAAUUAUCUAAGUGGACCAGCCCAGAAAUGAUGAAAAUGACUGAAGUGGAGUUGUUUCUGCCCAGGAUCAAGCAGGAAGAAAGCUAUAACCUCAAGUCCACUUGGAGCAGUAUGGGAAUGUGA